CGUCCGCUCACAUCCGCUUGACUCGCUAUUUGUGUUGGAAAAAGGACUUUGUGAAACUGCAGCGAUGUCAGUCCAGGUUGUGGCAGCGAAAAUGGCAGAGGUCGAACUCAAAGACGUUCCCACCGGCAAAGACUUGCCGGUUGAUUCUCCUUUGACACCGACCUCAGAGGGCAAGAACAUCGCCAGAAACGAGCCGCACGAGGCCGGUUCCUCCGCGGCUGCUUCCCCUACGGCGGAGUCCUCCGCGAAAGCCGGGGAAGAUUUGCUCACCCCGAACCCCGCGAAGAUGCCGCAGGCGUCGGCAAUGAAGCGGUCGGACCCGCAACAGAACGGCGGAGAGGCUUUUGUCAACCGUGACGGUACCGUCGCCGAAGCGCCACGGAUGAAAAAGAUCCAGUUUGCUGACCAGAAGCAGGAGUUUAACAAGCGUCCCUCCAAGAUCGGCCGGCGCUCCCUGUCCCGCUCCAUCUCACAGUCCUCCACAGACAGCUACAGCUCAGCGGCGUCGUACACAGACAGUUCGGACGAUGAGACGUCUCCUCGGGACAAACAGCAGAAGAACUCCAAGGGCAACGGAGACUUCUGCAUCAAGAACAUCAAACAGGCCGACUUCGGACGCAGAGAGAUCGAGAUCGCAGAGCAAGAAAUGCCUGCUCUGAUGGCUCUGAGGAAGCGAGCGCAAGGGGAGAAACCCCUCGCUGGUGCCAAGGUGGUGGGCUGCACCCACAUCACUGCCCAGACUGCUGUGCUGAUGGAAACUCUGUCAGCUCUGGGUGCUCAGUGCAGAUGGGCCGCCUGCAACAUUUACUCCACCCAGAACGAAGUGGCAGCUGCCCUGGCGGAGGGAGGUUUCAGUGUAUUUGCAUGGAAAGGGGAGUCAGAGGACGACUUCUGGUGGUGUAUCGAUCGCUGUGUAAACGUGGAGGGCUGGCAACCUAACAUGAUCCUGGAUGACGGUGGAGAUCUGACUCAUUGGAUCUAUAAAAAAUACCCCAACAUGUUCAAGAAGAUCAAGGGCAUUGUAGAGGAGAGUGUCACCGGUGUCCACAGGUUGUACCAGCUGUCCAAGGCAGGAAAACUGUGCGUCCCUGCCAUGAACGUCAACGACUCGGUGACCAAGCAGAAGUUUGACAACCUCUACUGCUGCAGGGAGUCCAUCUUAGAUGGCUUGAAGAGGACCACUGAUGUCAUGUUUGGAGGCAAACAGGUGGUGGUGUGUGGAUACGGAGAGGUUGGAAAAGGCUGCUGCGCUGCCCUCAAAGCGAUGGGCUCCAUCGUCUACGUCACAGAGAUCGACCCCAUCUGUGCCUUGCAGGCGUGCAUGGACGGCUUCAGACUCGUGAAACUGAACGAAGUCAUCAGACAAGUGGACAUCGUCAUCACCUGCACAGGCAAUAAGAACGUGGUUGUGAGAGAGAACCUGGACCGCAUGAAGAACGGCUGCAUCGUCUGCAACAUGGGACACUCCAACACCGAGAUCGAUGUGGCGAGCCUGCGGACUCCUGAGCUGACCUGGGAGAGGGUGCGCUCUCAGGUGGACCACGUCAUCUGGCCUGACGGCAAGAGGAUAGUGCUACUGGCUGAGGGUCGCCUGCUGAACCUCAGCUGUUCCACUGUACCCACUUUUGUGCUCUCCAUCACGGCCACCACCCAGGCGCUGGCUCUGAUAGAGCUCUAUAACGCCCCUGAGGGACGCUACAAACAGGAUGUUUACCUGCUGCCUAAGAAGAUGGAUGAGUAUGUGGCCAGCCUACAUCUCCCUACAUUCGAUGCACAUCUCACAGAGCUGAGUGAUGAGCAGGCCAAGUAUCUGGGCUUGAACAAGAACGGGCCCUUUAAGCCAAACUACUAUAGGUAUUAAACCAGUGUUGGAGAGAGGCUGACGAAUACAAAUACUCCAUGAACGGCACAAACUCAGAGGAGGAGGAGAAAAGGAAGGAUGGACAGUACAGUCAACACGCCUGCUUUAUAUCAGAGGGGAGGGGAAGUAGUUCCAACCAAGCUGAGGGAUGGAGGGGCAUAGCUUUCCCUGAGCUUCUGGCAGUCCUCUUAUUUAUUCAAGCUUAACAACAAUAAUUAUAACAUUAACUCUGCCACUAGCAAUCUCUCCCACAUCUUCUUUAUGGAGAUGUUUUUCUUUCCUUCCACUGUCACCUCUUUCUCUUAAGGAGCUCAUUUGUGUGUUCAGUUGUAUGUAAGUCCUCCAUUCUCCCUUCUCAUUGCCAGAUCUUUUAUUGUUUUAACUAUUAAAGAUAAAAUUAUUGAUGCUAAAAAUAUAUACACUAUAUAAAAAACAUGAUUUAAAAAAAUCUGUGUGAAUGAAGAUGACCUUUGAAGAUUUAGUGACGGACACUUUUUCCUGUCCUUUUUUGUUGUCUUUUUCUUUUCUACCUGUGAUUACAUUUUUUUUGUUUUCUCUUGUGUAUUAUUGAAAGGUGCGGGGCUAAAACUAGAGCGAGGGGUUAGACGGGAUCUCAGGGUCCAAUCAUAUCAUGUCUUUAUAUUUGAUCAUUUCAUUGAGAUUCACCGUUGUCUGUUUGAAGUAUUUUUUAUGCGUUCUGUCCCUUUUGAUCAGCCUGGAGUUUGUCUUUUUGUAAGUAUGACUGGAUGGUGACCGCCUGUCACUCACAGUGAAACCAUCUCAUUGGCUGCUGCUUUCUUAGGCUUUCAGCUGCUCACAUGGCACAAGUGUUUGAGUUAUGACAAGUAUUUCAAGCUAGUGAGAGCUAGCCUUUUCAUGCUGUCUUUUCCUUUCAGAUUAACUGUAUUAGAAGCAUGGCAGGUUGUCACAUCAUUACUAGGGGUAUACUGUAUAUUUAGAUAUUUAUAUUGAAAUUAAGAUUUUUCUAUCUUUUCUCCUGCGUCAUAUUAUUACUUUUUCAAAAUCAACAUAAAUAAGCAAUUAAAUGUUCUAAUGAUAAGUGUAUUAGAUGUCCUCAAACCUGCAUUCUGAAUACUGUGAGAGAAUAUUUACAGUGAUACCAAAUGGCCGGUACUAAAGCAGAUAUAUUCAAUCAGGUCCUUCUUUGAAAGUAUGGUGCUUUAAGAUCUACUGUACUUACCAUACACAUCACAACUUUGGUACUCAAAGACAUGCUCAGUGUUUCAAGUUCACCUUCUGGGAUAUUCAUGCGUCUAUUACACAACAUUACAAUCAACUAAACAUGACAUAUUGUAAUUUUUUUCCUCCCAUUCCCAAGAGGCUUAAAUCCACUGGUGUACUGGGCCACACAGUGGCUUUGUCCCCAGCUAAACCUGACCCUGGAAAUUAAAAAGUCCUGAUGGAUAUUUUACCAGACAGCCAAGUGCACCCUGCUGCUAUACCGGCUCUGCACCUGAUCCAAUCAGAUCCUCUUUGUUAUCCUGCUGCGAGACGCUGCCAGCUCUGCUCUCUGAGAGGGACUGAAUGCUAUAACACAUGCACACAGUAGCUCAUUGUUUCAGCCUCACAUUUACUGUACUGUAUAUGGGGUAAACACUCGGUUAUUGAAGAAAUGGCACAAAGUGUAGUUAACCGGUUUAACAGGUAUUGACUUAAAGAUCUGAUAUUUCUACUCAUUUUAUGCAGUUUUGAUAACAUGGAGUAUAACCAAAGUCUUCAGAAGAAUGCCUGAUAUACUUUCUUGUUUAAUCUGGAAUCUGGCUGCAGAUCUCAGAUCUCAAACACCUUGCAGACCAUUACAAAGAGACACCGCCUCUGUCUGAAUGGAAAUGCACGUUAAAGCUUUCGAAAUAAAAAUCUGAUGAAACUUUUGGUUAGGGUAAGAGUAAAAAACUGGGCAGGGGUUAGGAUACUAAAAGUUAAAAACCUGAAUACAAAACGUUUUUCUCCAAGAAAACACCCUAACACAGCUAAAAUUGGCUUAAAAUUUCAAAAUAAAAUCUAAUUACACUUUCAGUAAGAGUUAGAGUAAGGGAUCAAGAUAUGGGUUAGGACACUGAAAGUUAAAACCAACUAAACCUUCUUACAGGGAAAAAGGUUUUUCUCCAAGCAAACACACUAACACAGCUAACGUAUGCUUAAACUUUCAAAAUAAGUUUCAGUUAAACUUUUGGUUUUGAUUAUGAUAAGGAUUAGGAUACCAAACGUUAAAAUCCUGACCUGUAAUACCUGAUUACAAAACGUGUAAACAGUCUGCCUACAGGAAAAAAGGUUGUCCUCCAUGAAGACACUCUAACCCAGCUAAUGUAUGCUAAACCUUCAAAAUAAAAUCGGAUUAAACGUUUGGUUAGGGACACGGUAAAAGUUAAAAACCUGACCUGCAGAACCUAACUACAAAAUGUUUAAUAAAGCUAACUAAACAGUUCGCUUACAUGAAAAAGCUUGUCCUCUAAGAACACACUCCUAACAGUUGAUGUAUCCUAAACUUUCAAAUUAAAAUCAGAUUAAACUUUUGGUUAGGGUCAGGGAAAGGGUUGAGCUACCAGAAGUUAAAAUUCAAAAACCUGCAGACCAUAACAACAGAAUGUUUAGUAAGACCAACUAAACAGCCUGCUUACAUGAAAAAAGGUUUCCCUCCAUGAAAGCACUCUGACACAGCUAAUGUGUGCUAAAACUUUCAAAAUAAAAUCAGAUUAAACUUUUGAUUAGGGUUAGGAUGCCAAAAGUUAAAAACCUGAGCUUCAAAACCUUAUUGCAAAAUAUUUUAUAAAGCAGAGUAAACAAUCUACAGGAAAAAGGUUGUCUUCCAAUAAAACACUUGAAGGGAGCUAACAUAGCUAAGGUUAACAAGGCUACAUUGACGGGGUGAGCUAAUUAGGUAAUGCACCUACAUAAUUACCAUAGCUAAAACAAUCAAAGCUAUGUUAGCUACGCUAUACCACGUUUGCAGAGUUAGGCCUGAUGUAGAAGUAGUUAUGCAAACGGUGGCUCGCUUUACCUAAGCUAAUGUAGCUGCAUUGGCUUAUGUGGUAACUACAUAGCUGCUGAAUCUAUGUUCACUCUAGCUAAAGCUUACUAAGCUAAAGCUGGUGACCGUUCACAUAACUACCUUAAAACAGGUCUAUACAUCAUUUAAUCACAGAUUAGACCAGUGGUUCUCAACUGAUCUAGCCUCAGGACCCACCACCACCUCUUGAACGAGCAAUAGCGACCCAACUUCCUGAAAAAUUCACAAAAAAGGUCAUAACAUAAAGACAAGACAGGUUUGUCAUGAUAGAAACCCAAACCAACAUGCAUGAACACAUUGUAUAUCGAUCUAUUCCCCAUGAUAAGGUGUAAAUUUUGGUAGUUAUCAUGAUAUUUUGAGAAAUGAACCCAUUGAAGUGAGUAAACCUGUUUUGUUUCCCCUUGAAGGAGUUAAGCUGUUGAGAAAAUUGCCAAAAUACACCUGUUAUCAUGGAAAAGCAGAGUAAAAUCAAAUCUGCCUGCUUGGACCUUCUUAAACCGUGGACAAAAAUGGACCGUUUUUCCAGGCACACCUUUGCAACCUACUAAAAACAGCUCUGCAGCUCCCACUUUUGGGUCCCAACCCACCUGUUGAGAACCACUGGAUUGGACAGCCAACUUUUUUUUCUGGUUUAUUUCUGAAAUUUUGCUUCAUCUGUUAUUUUUGCACUUGAAUGUAAGGGGGGCUGGAAGAGGGGUUGUCUGAGAUCUACUGUCUGCAGCCAGGCCCCUCCACAUAAAUUUGUGAAAUUGUUAGCUUAGCUUAGCGUAAAGGCAACAUAAUUAACUCCAAAGUGACAGAAAAUGUUAAAUAUGUGAUGUCUACAAUUUGAUUUUGUUAUUUUGAGUGAAGCUGAUUUUACUGCUAUGGAGAUUUAUGCUAAGCUAAGCUAACCUAGCUAGCUUGAAGCUAGAUGUUCCUAUGUAUUGUAUGGGCAUGUAAGGUAUCAAUCUACUCGUCUCUUGGCAACAAAGUAAAUGGAUAUAACAUCAAAGCUGUGAUGAACAACAAAUAACUAUAAAAGACUGAUCUUUUAAGUUUUUCAGAUAAACCUAGUGUAUGCCCAUAAGCCGUUGUUCACUAACAAGAUCCUACACUGUGUCACAGCCCAUACAACCUCGCUGUUCCCUGCCAAUGUGUUAGCAUUGCUGUCUCCUUGUGCUGUUGAAACCCCCCUUUUGAAGUAGCGUGAGCUGUUGUCAGUAUCGUACUUUAAACUCUCAUCUUGAGUCUUAUUUUUCCCCUUAUUAAGUGUGAAUGUGCAUUAAAGAGAACGUGACAUUAAGGAGAGCAGAGGUGAUUAUAAAUGUAUGUCUACAGUAAAUGUCUUUCUGUGUUUGUACACAUCCUCUUUAUGUCAGCCAUGGUUGCUUUGUUAACAGCUGCCUCAGGUUCCUAGCCUGUGCGUCAGGGGGAGAAACCAGUUUUUUGUUUUGUCAGCCGUAAGCUGACCGACACAUGGGUGGGCGGGGGACGACACCAGCAUCAUAUAUGUAUAUACAAAUAUAUACAGAUAUGACAACCUUUAAGAAUAUAGAAAGGAAAAAGAAGACUCGACUCCUGUAUUUAUUGUUGUAAAUCCUCAUACAGUGCAAACUGGCAAAAAUCUCAAACAUGUUUAAGUUGUCUAAUAAAGAAAAAACCCUAUGUUUAAAUAUUGCAAGUGAUAAUGGUAGAUGAUGAGCAAUAAUUUAAAACAUUCUGUAAUCUUAAUGAAUAAAGAUGUAAAAAUUGUA